CUCAUCAAUGUCCUGCCUGUUGUGUCCACCUUUGCAGAGGGUGAGUCUGACAGCGGUGGGAAGAGAGCGAAAUCCUCCAGGAAAUCAGGCCCUCUUCCACAGGCUCCAGCAGAGCACCAGCCCUUCUUUAACCGCCUCUACAAGGCAGUGGCGUGGAAGCUGGUGUCCGCGGGGGGCUUCGGUCCAAACUUGGACCAUUUUGAAAUACUUCGUAGCUGUGUGGAGUCAUGUAAAGAGACCAUGGCCUGUGUGUACGUGCCACUGAAGGACAUCACUGGCCUCCCUGCAGGGCGCACACAGAAGGAAGGCCAUGUGUGUGAGAUUCGCUGUCAGACUGUUUACAUGGGGACAGGAUACGGGCGCGACGAGGCCGCCGCCAAGGCCAUGGCUUCCAAAGAGGCCCUAAAAGUCUUUCAGGGGCGCAAGGUGACAGUAAAGAUCUGCAGACGGAGGUACAAUGGGAAAGAUGUGGAGGAUUUGGUGUUGUUGGACGAGCAGCCUCGGAAUCAGGGCUUUCCCCCCGCACUCAGCUACCCCUUUCAGGACGAGCAGCUGGAAGAAGGGUCUUCAUAGAGCGGAGAAUUUCUGAAGUUUGUCGGAAGCAUGGGACGUCUACUGAAUGGAGCUGCUGAAGGAAUCCACGACCGUUUGACUUGGGGAGCAUUGAAUGACAUUCAUUUUCCCAAUGCAUCCACAAUACUUUAUCAGACAAAAACCGGGUUACAUCACCAACACACUGUCACACUGUAUUGACAACAUUUGCAACCGCUGUCAGUUUUAUAGACAGUGAACAGUGUAAGAAAGGGCGAGGAAUGGAGCAUGUGCCAUCAUUUAAAAGUCAAACCGCCAUAUCGGCAAAAAGCAGGAGUCAAACCGUUAUAAAGUUAUAACAAACAAAGGAUACUCUUUAGAAUAGUAGGAGGAUGUAUUGCAUUAUUUUGAUGUGAUCGUCCCAUCAUAACUUUUCUGGCCUUAUUGUUCGAAGUUGCGUGUAUAUAUGUCUCCUCUUUGUUCACUCCUGUUGUGACAGGUAUUGUUCAGGUGAUUUGAUCCUGGGAAGGCCUUUCUCUUUUCCUUUUUCGGUUUGUUAAGAGCUCCACUGCUCAGUUACAAGAAAAACAAAAGUCAAAUCGAUAACUUCUCUUUUUACACUUUUGAUUUACUUUGCCAAGGCAAAAAAGACUAAACUAAUUGCAGUCACUGUAACUCUUUUUUAAACAUGAAGGACUUGUAAUUAGUCUUCAUAAGAGUUUCAAAAAUAAGAAUAGCUUAAUAAUAUUAUAAUUUUUUCAUUAUUUUUCAACCAUAAGUGACUGACAUCAACAUUCUUUUUUAAAUUUCACCCAUUAACCAUUGCCUUUCACGAUGUUUUGAUUACAUUCUCAUCUCUAAAGACCCACACUUGAGUUGUUAAAAGGCAGGAACGUUUCUUGGUAGAGUUAUUUGCUGACACCAAAAUGUAAUUCAAAUUUGUCCUACUUGUGUGUUCAUGCUGAGUAUGUGCUUUCAACGUUAGACUAUAAGGAAUUGACUGAAUCUUCUUUAUUUUCAUUGCAGUAUGUUCAAUGAGAACUUCCUAAUUCAGUACCCAUUGUACUGUACAUAGAUUUAUUAGAAGCCACCACUUUAAUUUUUAUUUCAUUAUUUUUCUUCACUGAUUUAAAAUAUACUGUGACCCACACAAUGUUCAAAGUAUUGUGGUGUCUUAAUCAAGAAAAUUAAUUGAAACGCAGUUUGAUGCAGUGUAUACAGUUGUGAUGGUUUUUGGGGUUAAAGUGCUGCUGUGAUGUGUGAUUUAAUUUGUGUAUUGUUUUUUCCAGUUUGAGUUGAAGGUGAACAGGGUUGCAAUGAUGUGUGAAUACCCACACUGUCUCAUGUUGCUGUACCAGUGGUCCUGUUUCUAUAUAUUUUUUAAAUAAACAUAAUUUAACCGA